AUGGAAGUGGAAAACAGCCGCACUGGAGAACAAUCCAUUCAAAAUGAAGAAUUAACGAAACCUACUGCAGAACAAGAACCUACUUCCACCCUUAUGGCAACAAUAAACGGAAAUGAUACUGAAGUGGGUAUUCACCCUGUAAACUCUAAAGAUUCUCAAAAACCUUCGCCUAAAAAGCCUAAGAAACGAAAACCUAAAGUUCCUAGGGAUGUUACUGCACCACGGCAACCCCUUACGGGAUAUGUGCGAUUCCUGAAUGAAAGGCGAGAUCAGUUACGUGCAGAGCAACCAGAGUUAGGAUUUGCAGAAUUAACACGACAAUUAGCAAGUGAAUGGAGUAAGCUACCAGCUGAAGAAAAACAACAGUAUUUGCAUGCAGCUGACCAAGACAAGGAAAGGUAUAUCAAAGAAUGGGCUGAAUACAAAAAGACUGAUGCAUAUAAAGAGUUUAGAAGGCAACAAAUGGAGCAAAAAGACUCUAGCAAUAUUUCAAAUAAAAAAAUGAAGCCAAAUAUAAAUACUGAAAGUAAUGCAAACGCUACAGGUGCAGUUAACACUCAAAUAAUAGAUCAAAAUGUGGUCACUGGAAGUGCGCCAGCAGCUGCUAUUAUUCCUACUGCACCAAGACAACAAACUCCACCACGUCCAAGACCUUGCAUAACUCCUGCUUCGGGUGAAGAGAUGCCUGGUGACACCGAUAUUCCUAUAUUUACUGAUCAGUUCUUGCAGCAUAACAAAUUAAGGGAGUCAGAAUUACGUCAAUUAAGGAAGGCCAAUUCUGAUUACGAGCAACAGAAUGCCAUAUUGCAAAGACAUGCUGAAGAGGUGAGUGCUGCAACAUCAAGGCUACAUGCUGAGACUGCUGCAGCAGCAGAACGUACAGCAGCUCUUGUGGCUCAUCGAAGAGCUCUUGUGGCCUCAUUAACUCAAGCUUUACAAUCCAUUAUCUUACCAUUGCAAGGAGGUCCAGCAGGUGCUUCAGAAGCCAAUAUAGAAGAGUAUAUGGAAAAAUUGCAAAGCUUUGUUUUGGAAGGCAAAAAUAAUCCACUUUUAAAACAGGCAAGGGAUAUUUUGAAUAGAGUAGAAUUACCCAGUGUU